AUGGCGAAACAUGUGCCUGAGGAUGGCCAUGUCAAUAUUCGCAGCCUGAAAGAUGUCGAACAUGUGGUUCGAUUUGAUUUCGAAAAUUUAGACAAUGCAGAGGCUAACCUGGCAAUGGUUCCUCCUAUCUUGUUUAAGCCAAUGGAUUUGGCGGAUUUGGAGAAACAUCCAGUCGAUCUGAAGCUGGCACGAGAAUUCGUUGAUAUCGAUCAGGACGAUAGCAAUAGGGACUUCCCAAUUGAACAGAUAGAUCGUGUACGUCAAGUCUCUACUUUUAUCGAAGACCGCACUACUCGCGAGGCCCGGUCUCAGCAGAACCUCAGUUUUGUCCGAGCACCAGGAAGCACGUUUUGGCUUGAGGCCAUUUUGGCCUAUAACUAUAGCAACAAUGGUUGGUGGAAGACCAAGUGUCUGGUAGAGCCACUCCCCAAAGAUGGCAAAUCAUAUCCACACCUAGCCUUUCACCUUCUUGAUGAGAAGGAAGCUCGGGAAGACGCCAUUCUGUACUCAGAGCUGUGCGCGAUUGUCGAGGCGAUGAAAGGCCGUGCGAAUCAACGACUGGUGGAUUCUGAAAGCGUCCGGGAGGACCUUGACGAGUGUGACGGUAGAGGCAAAGAAGUCCACCCAUAUCUCUUUGGCAAUGAAGAGCAUUUUCCUGUGCUUAUGGUGUCAUGCGUCCUACCUCAACAUGCUAGACUCUUCAUGGCAUGUAUGAGCCAGCGGAAGCUAGUAAUCCGACAAUCCAAGCUGUACAGCUUUGAAUGGAAGGACGAGGCACCGGUGGACUUGUUUGCUCGCGUGUAUUCAAGCAAGCCUUUGGUACCACGGAUCUAG